ACACUGAACUACUCAGGAGAGAAGGAUCUCUGCAGGGCAGAGCUGGGAGAGAAACGGGAAAAAAACCCCGAAUCGCUGCUGAUCUCUCUCUCUUUUUCUCUCUCUCUCCUACUUUAUCUUUUUCUCCACUCAUCUCUUCACUUGUUCUCCACACUUUGAAGGAUUUAAAGAGUCGCCCGGCGCGAGGGAAGCAACUUUAUUGUAUUUAUGAUCUCUUCUUUUUCUCCGGCGCUUUUUUCGUGCUCGGGACAAGCGGAGCUGAGACCGUUGCACUGAUUUUUUUCUCCGCUGUCUUUCUAUUUUUUCUUUUUUUUUUUCUCUACCUCUUUUUUGUCGCGUGACUGCACCAGAGAGGACAGAGGGACGAUGCAAAGUCAACUUUCUUUUGCUGUGCAUUAGAAAAGAAAAGUUCUCGGGACACUUAAUUUUUGUUUGCAAAGACAAAACAAUUGCAACGUUUUUUUUUUUUUUGUUUGCAAGACGAAACACUUUGCAAACAAGAAGCAAAGCAGAAAAGGACUAACUUGCAGCACCAGGACAAGGCCCGCGCGCCCAACGCACUCAAGUGAGUUGAGUUGUUGAGUGACUGACUGUGUGCCUGCUUGCUUGCCUGCGCGUGCGUGCGUACUUGCUCGUGCGUGCGUGCGUGCGUACGUUCGCGCUUGUGUGAUGACAGCACAGCUGUCCUCGGGGGGCGAGCUGCCCACCAGCCCUCUCGCGCUGGACUACGUGAGCGACUUCGACCUGCUCAAGUUCGACGUCAAGAAGGAGGCCCUGAACGGGCUCGUGAACGCAGCGUCCGGCAACAACAACAACAGCGGCAGCGGUGGUCUCGGGGGCAACGCGCGCUUGUGCACGCGCCUGCCCCAGGCCCAGGGCUCAGUCUCGUCCACACCCAUGAGCACGCCGUGCAGUUCGGUGCCCAGCUCGCCCAGCUUCAGCCCGGCUGAGCACAAGGGCCAGCUCGAGGAGCUCUACUGGAUGGGCGCGAGCUCCGCUGGAACCGGAGCCAACGGGUACGCGCAUCAGCAGCAGCAACACCAACAACAGCAGCAACAGCAACAUCAGCACCAUAUCGACCCCCACGCGCUCGGCCUGAGUCCUGAGGAUGCCGUGGAAGCUUUGAUCGGCGCCGUCGGGCACGUGCACCAACAACAGCAACAACAACAGCAGCAGCAGCAACUUCAACUCCAACUCCAGCAGCACGCGAGCUACGAGGGCUACCGGGCAGCUGUGCAUCAGCAUCAUCAUCACCCUCCUCACCAUGCCGCCCAACAUCACAACCAUCACCACCACCCUCACCAGUACGUCAUGGGCCUGGACGACAUGCCCGUGCACUCGCACGCGCUGGUGAGCGGACAGGAUCCGGACAGCGGCAGCCUCUCGCCAACGUCCCCGAGAGCGCACGAGCACGCGCACCAGCAGCAAGCAUCUCUCCAUCACCGCCACCAUCAGCACCACCCUCACCACCAGCACCACCAGGGCGGCGGAGGCGUGGACGAGCGCUUCUCCGACGACCAGCUCGUGUCCAUGUCCGUGCGCGAGCUCAACCGGCACCUGCGCGGCUUCUCCAAGGACGAAGUGAUCCGGCUGAAGCAGAAGCGCAGGACCCUGAAGAACCGCGGCUACGCGCAGUCCUGCCGCUUCAAGCGCGUGCAGCAGAAGCACGUGCUCGAGCACGAGAAGACGCAGCUGCUGCAGCAGGUCGAGCAGCUCAAGCAGGAGGUGGGCAGGCUGGCGCGCGAGAGGGACGCGUACAAGCUCAAGUGCGAGAAGCUGAGCGGCGGUGGAGUCGCGGAGGGAGGAAGAGGAGGCGGCGGCGGUGGAGGAGGAAGAUGUCUGGGAGGCUUCAGAGAAGCUGGUUCCACCAGCGACAACCCGUCCUCACCUGAGUUCUUCAUGUGAGUUCCUCACGCUUUGAUGAUGAUGAUGACAAUAACAGGCUGACACACAGGCUGAACUGAUCAGAAUAAAUAAAUAAAAAGCUACCGCUAAAUGAAUUGCAGUAGUAGCGACAAUGAGGAGGAGAUAUAGCAAUGAUAAUAAUAAUAAUGAUAAUAAUAAUGAUGAUGAUAAUUGUGAUACUAAUAAUAAUACUCUACUUAGUGCUAAUCAGCUAAAGGCAAGUCUUAAUAGACAGAUGAAAAAGUAGUAUUUUGGGGGUUUUAUUUGGAAAAAAAGUGCCGCACUUAACAUUCCAAUUGUAAAAGUUUUUUUUUUCUAAUCGGAUCUUUUUUAUGCCUUUGAUCUACACAGAUCAACAGAUCAUCAUAGGUUUUUAUUUUAAAAUUUUAUUUUUAUAUUUUAUUUUAUUGCUUUUCUGUGAGGCUUUUAUCUAUUUCUGUUUUUUUUUUAGCUUCACUUUCUCUGGCAGCUCUUUAGCUCUUUUCUUUUUUAUUAACAGUUCGAACUAAUGCUCCCAUUCACUGUUCACUCUCUCUAUAUACUGUUGUUAUUAUUAUUAUUAUUAUUAUUAUUAUUAUUAUUAUUAUUAUUAUCAUUAUUAUUAUUGAUAUUAUUGUUAUUAUUGAUAGAGCAUUUCCUCUAUUCUCAACGCACUGGACUGAUUGAUUGCAUCAGACUAACCCCUCUCUACGUUUUCUACGUUUCAAACGUUGUUUGAAAAGUCUCAGUCGUGUUCAGGAUACAGCACGAGCCUCUUAUGAACUGUAUUGAUACUCAGAAGAGACUUUGGACUCGUGCGUGUUUUUAAUUCCCCCCUCUUUUGGCCCUCCAAAGUCAGACUACGUCAUUAUGCAAAACCUUCAGGGGGCUCCUUUAUGCAACAUCUCAUCGGUUUUACUUGCCUGCUUGGUUAUUAUAGAAAGAAAUAUAUAUUAUAAAAAAUACAAACAACAAUCUGCAUUAAAAUAUUAAUCCUGCAUGCUGGACAUGUACGGUAAUAAUUUCUAUUUUGUACUUUACUUUUUUGUCUUUCUCUCUUUAUCUCUCUUACUCUCUUCGUAUAUCUUAAAUAGCAUGUUGUUGAUCUCAACGAUCUGAGCUUUUUUUUCCCUCAUCGCUCUUUCUGGGACUUUAAUAAUAGUAAGAGAGCCUGAAGAGAUGAACUGGUGACCCAUAUCAGGACUUUUGGGUUUGGGGUUCGUUUGGGCUUGUAAAUACAUGCAACAGCAAAAAAAAUCACCAGAAAAAAAAUAGCGACAAGGUUGAAAUUUAAAAUUUGGGAAAACGGGAGACUGAGAGAUUGGUUCCGCAUACGGGCAUUUUUUUUUGUUUGUCGCAGUUGUCGUUCAUCUAAAACUCAACUUUUGUAUAUUAAGUGCACUUUUUGAUAGUUUGAUAGUGUUUAAAUUUUCUUAAUUUCUUUCCUUUCCUUUUCCUGUUUAUUUCUUUUUUUUUUAGAUUUACUUUAAAAAACAAGCGCGCGCUUACAUACAUCAAUCAAACACAUACACAUACACACACGCGAAAAUACGCAGUGCGUAACAGGCUACACACAUGCAUUAAUUCAUUCAGGCUGAAGAGCAGCAGUCAGUAGCAGCGCGCUAGUAGCGCUCAAACACAUGCAUAUAUAUUUAUGUAUAUACAUAUAUGUACAUGCGCGAGCGCAUAUACAUAUAUACACACGCUCACGCACGCACGCAUACACACAUACAUGCACACGUGCUAAGGUAAUGAAUGCUCUGUAGGUCCCGAAAAGUCGGGCAUAACUCUGCACUCUGUGCCAUAUGCGUAACGUACCGUGCAAACUUGCGUACGUAAAGCGCUGUAGUUUGUGCGCCAUGGUACUAUAGACACUAUAUAGCAGCAUACAUACUAUAGCAUACCAUGGCGCAAUUGAUCCACGCGCAGUUAGCACCUGUUUGCGCCGCUUCCUUUCAUUUAAUUCACUUUCAUUCAUCUGUCUUUUUGUUUCCUGUUUGGCAUCAAAAAGACGCAACUCGCAUAAACUAAUACACACAUACUGCAUAAUCUGACCGAUUAUAUCUAGGCCUAUAUGUCGCAUGGUAGGUCGUUUAAAUGCUAGAUGCAUAGAGGAGGAGUUAAUCAGAUCAUUUUUAUUUAAAAUCAGAAGCACGUUUUAUGUUAUAUCAGCUGGCUUCGUUUAGUUUUUCAUUUCCCGCCGUUUUUUAUUUGUUAAAUGUACUGAACACUAUUUUUGAAAAAUAAAUAAACGACAUUCAAAAACAUUCAAUUAUUUUAAAUCAGAUAGAUCAGUAAAAUCAAGUUAAAUCAGAUAAAGUCAGAUAAAAAAAAAAUCAAGAAAAUCAGGUGGUAUGUGAUUUGUGGGGCAUUUCUGGAAUUUUGGGAUGAGUUUUUUAGUUUUUAGGGUUCAAACGCUUCACUAUUGUGGAAAAAACUGUACAACUGCAAAACUGCUCGGGUUCAGUUCAGUUUAGUAGAGUUUUUUGUUUUUUUUGUGUUCACUUUUUUUUCUUUUUUGAUUGUGUUCUGUUUGAAAUGAUGUUUUCCUUUAUUUUUUUUCUGCCGGUCAGUAAAAAAAGAGGGAAUCAGGUUUUUAUUCCAUUGCAAAUUGAUAUGUCUUAUGUUAUGUUCCUUUAUUUUUUGAUUAUUUUCUCUGUAUGUUUAUUAUUAUUGUUAUUGUUUUCGGAGAUUCUGGUUCUGCUGGCCAGAUGCAUAUAGUUAUGGUUUUAUUUUUAAUGAUUAAAUUAACAAACUGUCAGAUCAUAUUGAAUAAGCAUGGUGCUUGCAUUUAAGAAUUAUUGUUAAAAAAAGAAAGAAAGAAAAAAAAAGUCAUGCAUUUAAACAAUCUUUUGGUUUGUUACUGAUUCAACUGUGUUGAAAUCAAAUGGGAAAAAAGAGAUAAAACUGCAGCAGCGGUGUUUUUAUUGAUGUUCUCUGGUUAGUUCAUUUCAUGCAUUAUGGGGAUCAAUUUUCAAUCCUGUUUAUAUACGUAUAAAUGAGAUAAGCGUUCAAAUUUGGACUGUUCCAUUCAGGCUGGUUUCUGUUUUCGUCUUAUUUUUUGGUUGUUUUUGGAAGAAAUGGUUUCCUAUUUUGCUUAUUAAAGUCAUUGAAAUGGCA